UGAGUGGUUGAUUAGUGUUCAUCUUCAACCAAAUAUGCAUUUUGAUGUAAACAGAGCAAAAGUUACAAGCUUUUAAUGUUGACAAUACAAGUUAGUUCUUCCUUUUGUUAUGAUCAUGAUUAUUUUUAUCUAGCAUCAGAUGAAAAUACAUGUGUAAGAAGUGAUGCUAAACAACCUCCUUUCUUGCGUGAAACUGCACUUAUGAGGGAAUAUGCGCACUGCAUCUGGUUUUCUUUUUAGAGAUUUUUCUGCUCUACACAAAAGCAUAAGCCAACUUUUUCAAGUCAUGUAAAUACUAUUGAAUAUUAUGAAAUGUAAUUAAUUUUAAAUUAAUGGAGUUUGAGUUUUAUUUGGAAAGAGUGCUUCUAGAUUUCCCAAAAAUACAAAGUGUAUUUGCAUUAAGUUUACUUUUGUUACCCUAUGUGACCAUCGGAGGGAACCCUGGUGCAAGCGCUCGCUUUCGCGCUUGUCUUUUGUGUCGCAGUAUUUAUACUGUCUCUCGUGAGCUGCCGUCUGUUUCAUUUGCGCAUGCGCUGUAUACUCGGACCAUUCAAAUGAUUCAUGUGUGAACUUCAUAUAUAUAUUUUAAUUUAAUAAAGCAGGCAGAGCACAAAAAAUGUCUGUUCAACCAUCCAACCCCAACAACCCGAUUGUCUUCUUCGACAUCACCAUAGGAGGACAGGAUGUCGGCCGGAUGAAGAUAGAGCUGUUUGCUGAUGUGGUUCCAAAGACUGCUGAGAACUUUCGGCAGUUCUGCACUGGAGAGUUCAGGAAGGAUGGCGUUCCAAUUGGUUUCAAAGGCUGCACUUUCCACAGGGUGAUCAAAGACUUCAUGAUUCAAGGUGGAGACUUUGUAAAUGGGGAUGGUACUGGUAUCUGCAGCAUCUACCGGGGUCCAUUUGCAGACGAAAACUUCAAAAUGAAGCAUUCUGCUCCUGGACUUCUAUCCAUGGCAAACAGCGGACCGGGGACAAAUGGUUGCCAGUUUUUCAUUACCUGCACUAAAUGUGACUGGUUAGAUGGGAAGCACGUUGUUUUUGGAAAAGUGGUGGAUGGCCUUCUGAUCAUGAGGAAAAUUGAGAACGUCCCCACUGGACCCAACAACAAACCAAAACUGCCCAUCCUCAUCGCUCAGUGUGGAGAAAUGUGAUGUUUAAUUUUAAAAUACAUUUCAUGAGACCCAAUGUGCUUUUCUUUUCUUUUCUUUUCUUUUUUACACAAAAAAAUGCAAUAAAUUGUACUUUUCUAAUUUAGAUGUUCUGUCUGGUUUAUUUUCUUUCUUUUUCCACAUCUUUAGACCAAAUAACGCUUAAACCAACAUAGUUUCCGUUUGAAGUAUGUAAUGCUCAUAAGUAGCUUUAGACAAUAUUAAAAUAAAGCUCAUGCAAAACAG